CAAAAUUUAAACAACAGACUAAAAAUAAAAAGUAGCACAUCAAAUCAAAGGAAAACGAAGGAAAAAUCUUUGUUUUGAGUUAAAAAAUUUGAGCCUAAUAGAGAUAUAACAACAUUUAGUAAUUGUAAAAACAUUAACUUUAUAAAGAUUAAUCUAUAUAUGUGAAAGAACUACGAAAAUUUUUCACUCUAACUUUGGUGAUUUGGUGAUCUUAUUUAAAAGCAAUGGAUUCGUGUCUAGGAGUUGAACAAGAUCUAGACAAAGCUACGACUAAAUUUACUGCAUUGAAUGAUCACGCCAGCAAGGUCUUAGAAGAUGUUAUAAGCCAAGUAGAAGAAUUACGAAAAGAAAUUUCAAAGCAAGCUCUAAAUACACCAUUAUCACAAAGUCAAGCAAAGGCUGUUAGUGAUUUAACAGCCACAGUUAAACAGAGUGUUUUCCAGCUGUCCACAGAUCACCGUGAGUUACAUGCAACUGUAUCUAGAGUUGGUAAAUCUAUUGAUAGACACUUUAUAGCAGACUAUGCUGCUGUGGCGCCAAAAGCAGAGUCUUUUUGUUCUGAUACUAAUAGGCCAAUUAUGGAACAGGCUAUAGCUCAACAUUUGUACAGACAAGGCUUAGAGGAGGUGGGCGACUCGUUGGUGAGCGAGGCGGGCGUGUCGGCGGAGCGCGGCAGCACGUUCGCCCAGCUGCAGCGCUGCGCGGGAGCGCUGGCGGCCGCCGACCCCGCGCCGGCGUUGGCGUGGGCCGCCGCGCGCGAGCACGACCUCGCUCACUCGCCGCUGCCCUUCACGCUACACAGGAUGCAGGCGCUCAAGCUGGCGCGCGAGCAAGGCGUGUGCGCGGCGAUCGCGUACGCGCGCGCGCAGUUCCCGGCGCACGCGGCGCGGCACGAGCGGCAGCUGCAGGCGGCCGUGUGCGCGCUGGCGUGGUGCACGCCCGCCGCGCCGCCGCCGCCGCCGCAGUACGCGCACCUGCUCGACCCGAAGGCGCUGGGCGCGGAGGCGGCGGAGCUGUUCGUGCGCGAGGCGUGCGCGCUGCUGCGCCUGGCGCCGCACUCGCCGCUGGCGGGCGCCGUGCUGGCGGGCGCGCGCGUGCUGCCCGCGCUGCACGACAUCCGCGCCAAGAUGUCGCACCCGCACGUGCUGGCCGCCUGGGCCGACGACGAGCUGCCGCUCGAGGUGGAGCUGGGCGAGGAGGGCGGCGGCUACCACUCGGUGUUCGCGUGCCCCAUCCUGCGCCAGCAGGCAUCCGACCACAACCCGCCCAUGCGGCUGCUCUGCGGACACGUCAUAUCGCGAGACGCGCUCAACAAGCUCGCCAUGGGAGUCAAAUUGAAGUGUCCCUACUGUCCAAUGGAACAGUCACCGUCGGAAGCUCGUCAAAUAUAUUUUUCUUAAUUUUUUGCAGAGAUGAGAAUUUUUGAAAAAUACCGAUUGUGUUAAUUUUCGUUUUCGUUAAAUAUUAGAGAAGUGGCAAAUUGUAUUGAUCUUGUAAUAAAAGCCGGAAUAAAUGCUAACUUAGCUGAUAUAUACAGGAGCGUUGUUUGUUUAUGAAUAUAUAUUUUAUAUUUAAUUAAUUUAGAGGUUAAGACAAAGAAGCGAUAGCAGAAAAUGAAGUUACACUUCCAUGUAUGACUAGCUUUAGUUUCUUUAAUGAUAGGCGUCUUCAUUAAUGAUAUUCACAACAGAGGCCAAAAAGUGUAAAGACUAUUUUUAUUAAACAAUUGACAGGUUUGAUAUAAUUGUUUAAUAGAUAAGCAAAUGUAAUUGGUUCAAAAAUAAAGAGAAUUAUCUCAAGAAAAGAGUUAUCGUACAUUGUUUUGUAAUUCAACUUAUCUAAUAAUAAUUCAUAUGUUUUUUAUGAAAUAAUAUGAGAGAUAAAACCGGAAUAAUCUGUUCAUGAACUAAUUACAGGUUAAGAAUGCUUGCUAUGCCUGAUAACUACUUACGGUAGAAAGAGCUAGAAUAUUUUUAGUCCUGUCAAAUUCGUUAAGAGUUUGUAAUAACGUGCAACGUUAUUUUUUUCUAAAUACGAUAAUUCAAGUUGAACAUAAUUAUGGACGUAAUUGGUUUUAGUUUGAUUGCAAUUAUUAAAUAUAUUAAUAUUUAUAAAAUGAAUAAAUAUUUAAGCAAACGGUAUACGGACAUGACGCAUCUUAGUCGUCUAAAUUAAUUUUCAUUAAUUAAACUAACAGUUUAAAAUAUAUUUUCGUACGGAAUGCUCACGGAACACGGUUUUGAAACGGCAACGUUAAAUGAAGCUAACUGUACUUUAAUGUGUCAAGAAUAUAUACGUUGAUAAUAUGUGUCUUACGAUUGAUGAAACUUUGUGCUUCUAAGAAAUUUAGCAGAGUAGUUCAGUAAUUAAUAACGUCUCAUUUUUUGUAGAUAUCUAUUAUUAAAAAUGAUUGUACUGUUAAAUUUUUAGUGUAGAACAAGACGAAACUUAUAAAAGGUCUAUACAAUUAUUAUAUAUUAUGGUAGUACUGUAAAUAAAAAAAAAAACACUUCG